AACAGCACACGGGGGGGGGAGCGAGGGAGAUUGUGGGUGUGUUAGCGCGUGAGAGAAAAAAUAGGGGAAGGGAGGGAGAGAGGAGAGAAAUAAAAACAGCACAAGAGGACAGCAGACAGAACGGAGGAAAAAAUCCCUCUGAGGUUCCACCAUGUUCCUGCAGACUGUCUCCAUCCUCUUCCUCUCGGCCAUCCUCUUCGGCUGCCUGGAAGGGAAAGGUGUGCAAAUGCAGAGAGAUGUCCAGUGCUGCAUGCAGUACUCUCACGGCAAAGUCCGGACCAAAGACGUCCUGAGGUAUGAGAGGCAGACGGAGGGGCCGGAUUGCAGCAUAAGAGCCAUCAUAUUGUACACCAAAAAGGCGGUGAAGUGCGCUGAUCCGAGGGACAGGAAGGUGAAGAGGUUACUACGGAAACUGAACCAGAGGCAGGGAGCCAAAGCCCACAGGACCAUGUGGACACAUCGGCAUAUGAAUCUGCCCGUCAUGUCGGAGGUCGCUGUUGUUAACUCCCAAAAGAUGAACAAGACCAAGUGAAAUUUGAGGGAAGACGGGUGAUUGAUGAAAAUCCAGCCUUCUCGUGUGUCACUGUUUUCUUAUAUAUGUAUAAGAAAAUAUAUGUAGACUCAUCACAUUUACUACCAAACAGUAUGUUAUUCAGAUAUAUUGUGAUAUUUAGAUGUCCUCUCAAAUGACUGUUAAUCUAUAUGCCAAAGUAUUCUUCUCUGAGACUUGUUGAAGGUUGUUUAUAAUCUCUGCAGCUAUGUAUAGUCUCUAUAACUUAUACAAGCUCUUCUAUAGAGUCCAUUAAGCUGGUAUGACUGUUCUCGAACAAUUUAUAGUGCAAUUACAGAAUCUCUUGUGUAUGUUAAACACAACUGAUUUUUAUAUAUAAAAAUAAAUGAAAAAUAUUCAAAA